AUGGAUGCCACAGCCUGUAAUGGAUCAAAAGACUCUUCACCCAUCUUCUACCUGGUGGGCAUCCCCUCUCUGCAGGAGUUCCUCUUCUUCCCUGUCUUUUUCAUCUUCCUGCUCUUCUACCUGCUCAUCCUGGUGGGUAACACCCUGAUCCUGGUGGCUGUGGUGGCAGAGCCCAACCUUCACAAGCCCAUGUACUUCUUCCUGAUCAAUCUCUCUGCCUUGGACAUCCUUUUCACCACGUCCACUGUCCCCAAGAUGCUGUCCCUACUCUUACUUGGGGACCACUUCCUCAGUUUCCCUGCCUGCUUCCUACAGAUGUACCUUUUCCACAGCUUCUCCUGCUCUGAAGCCUUCAUUCUGGUGGUCAUGGCCUAUGACCGUUAUGUCGCUAUCUGCCGCCCACUGCACUACCCUGUCCACAUGACUCCACACACCAACACUGCACUGGCGGCCAGUGCCUGCCUAUGUGGCCUAUAG